UGCCAUGCACCUGCUCUGCCUCAGUAGAGGACAGGUAACCACCCACCUAGCUCACCUCAGAUGUGAGAGGGAGGCAGAGGAACAAGACGCACAUCUUCAGUUGGUCUACAUCCUGAUUGAAAAUUUGAAUCAUUCCUGGAUUGAAUCAUUUCAUUUCUUCAUCUCCACCAGAGGGAAGAGUCAGACUCUGUAAGUAAAAUACCAUUCUAACAUGCAUCAAAAUGUUAUUCUGUUAAGUUAUUAAGUUUAUAGCUUUGUUGUGUGGUGGUAGCUUAGGUGUUUUUAUUGUCAGCACAGGUAUUCAUGUGUUUUCAUGUGUUUAAAUACUAAUUUUAAGAUAUUUUAUGCCUUAAAGUCUAUGUAUCUUGCACACUCAAUUUCCAACCCUGGGAGUAAACAAAGUAUUUUGGCAGUGCAAUACCAAAGCAGUGUCUUGUUCUGAGUGUGCAGGACAUCUGAACAAGAAGUCAAAUGACAGGAAACAAAUUCAAUGAAGACAAAUGCAUCAUGCAAAUGUUUAAGAGAGUACUACAAUGAGAGAGAUGCUAUGAAAAAAAUCAACGCUCUUCCCAGAACAUUAUGUACAUCCACAGAGCCUGUUUUUCACAGCAUGUCAUCCCCCAAAGCCUUUAGAGCCUCCCAAAGGACGGAGGAUAGAGAUGGUAACUAUAGUGAAGUAUGAGCUCAAAAUCUCUGAAGAGGAAGUUUGGUGGCUCACAUGGAGAUAUGUUUCAUAAUGAUCCAUGACGCUUGAGUACACAACACCUAAUUUCAACAAAAUACAUCCCAGUCACCUGUUGAUAUUAAUGCAGACUUUAUUUUAUCUCUUUGUUCAGCAGGUGGGUGGGCUGUUUUUUUUUUUCAGCAUGGCCCCAAAAGGAAGAACAUUCUUCUUAAUCUUUUUUGUGGCCUGUGCAGCUCUUGGUAAGCAGCAGCAACAUCACACACAUCCCUCCUCUUAAACAUCACAUCAUUGUGGGUCAUACCAUAAUAACUGAUUUUUAUCUGUUCAGCCGUGGAACAUGACAGGACUCAAGGAAAAAAACAAGACUUCAAAUACAUGACCAAAACACUGGUAUGUAACUUCUUGUGUGAUUUGAUGCAUUGAAGAAAAUAAUGUGAAAAACAUUGAUUGUUUUUUAUUUUUUACUUAUCCACAUUUCAAGUUAAAGACAUUAAAGUUUUCCUUUCACCUUGAUUUAGUUGUGCCAGAGUUGUGGAAACAUUAACCUUUUUAUUUAGAAGAACCAUAGAAAGUGUAAAGAUGUAAUCACUGGUGGUAUUUGCAUUGAAAAUCACACCAUGUAAUGUCCCGGGCAUAGAAACUGACUGAAACAUAUGCAAAAUAUUGUUAAGCAUAUGGUCGUCAACAGUAUCUGAGUGUCAAUGAUAUCUGUUCAGAGAGAAUUGUAUUCAAUUUACUUUUAUAUUAUGAUAUAUUAUAUUAUUUUAUAUUAUAUCAUUUUAUAUUAAAUUAUAUCGUAUCGUAUCAUAUCAUAUCAUAUCAUAUCAUAUCAUAUCAUAUCAUAUCAUUAAUAUCAUAUCAUAUCAUAUCAUAUCAUAUCAUAUCAUAUCAUUAAUAUCAUAUCAUAUCAUAUCAUAUCAUAUCAUUAAUAUCAUAUCAUAUCAUAUCAUAUCAUAUCAUAUCAUUAAUAUCAUAUCAUAUCAUUAAUAUCAUAUCAUAUCAUAUCAUAUCAUAUCAUAUCAUAUCAUAUCAUAUCAUAUCAUAUCAUUAAUAUCAUAUCAUAUCAUAUCAUAUCAUAUCAUUAAUAUCAUAUCAUAUCACACCAUAUCAUAUCAUAUCAUAAUGUAUGUAAGGUUAUUACCUAUAUAAAUGUAAGUUUUAAAAGAAUCCUGAAAGUGGUUGGUAUCCACCACAUGACUAUAGUCCAGUCACAGGCUUCACUCACGGCCUUGACCCGGUGCUGCCAGCCACCACCCAAAAUCUAUACAUUAACUAUUUUCCUUGUAAUAUUGGCUGAGUUGUUUAAAAGGUAAAAUAUAUCACCAUUUACCUGCGAGAUAAUAUGUUUACAUUUUAUUUCAGAUGAAGAAGUGUCAGGACAAAGGUAAGACAUACAAAGUUCACAGUUUGAAUCCCAAUCCCAGUAUGUCUUGUGUGUUUGUUUGAGUAUUAUUUUGAAGUAUUAUGAGUAGCCGUCAUGACAUGAGCCGCACCUUCGACAUGUAAAAUCCUCAGACCAGUCCUGAAUGUGUUUGAACUGUCUGAUGAUAAUAAAUAUGAGGCCUCUUGUGUAACAGGAUACCCGAGGCCUCAGAUGGGGCUGCUGAAAACUGUGUUUGCGAGAAGGUAAUGAUGCUGAUGAAUCACUGCUGUUUGUCUCUGUGGUUUGUGUGUUGGCUUUAGUUGUUUAAAUAUGAACCCAGGUGAUGCUUCAAGGGUUAAAGUUGUUGGCAUUACAAAAGUAUAAAAUAAAUGAACUGAAGACACCACUGCAUAUGUAAACCCAGCUUUCACAGUUUCCUUCUCUUUUAUCGCCCAGUGAUGUGCCUGGAAAGGACGAAGACAAGGACGAAGACAAGGACCAACCCGACACCCCUCUAACUUCUUUCAUGAACAUCCUGGAUUCAGUUGUUCCUGGUGGAGGCUCUCUUAGCCGAGCUCAUCCUGGUGAUGUGGAUAAAAUGGUGUGAAUGCAAACAAAGACCACCACCUUAUCCACAUAAGUGAUCUUUUAGGACCUAUAGAGGGUCUGCACAUCGCCACAUCAGACCAGAGUCACUGUGGUUGCACUUACUGAGUGGUAGAAAGCACAUCUAGCUGGCAGAUAUUUGUCUACGUUACUCCAGAUUUUGGUAUUUAUUUUAAAGCUCUCUUCCCCCUUUUUCUCUCUUUUUUUUUUAGAAAGAAGAGAUGAUGAAUUUCAGCAACCUUCCAAGCAUGAUCAAGAAGAUGAGGAACUCCUCGGUCAGUAAUCUCCUUUAGAGCUUGAAAGAAGACCCCCUCUGUGAAUCUGUGCUGUUUCAGUACAUGCCUUGUCUCUUACUCCCUCAGGAGGCAUCUGCAUGUUACAUGAAAGCCUUUGUCGCCUCUCUUUGCUGGAAAGCUUUGACUAAAAAGGGUUCAAACAAUACAGACUCAGAUGACUAUGACACACUGUUGUCAGGCACCAAACCUGUGGUGCUGGACAUGCCCUCCACAGGAGUGAACUUCCCUGAGAAACUGGCAAAGAAAGAUGUGAAAAAGUGGUAGGUGUCCUUUUUUUUUUUUGAAAAUUGUUUCCUUCAGUAUCUUGCAGAACUUUUUCUUGGGAAUUUUAAGUGGGUUUCUGAUUGCAGGGCAAAGAUGCUGCGAGAGAUGUACGUUGACAUGCGUGAAGAAAAAAGGGCCAAGGUGCUGGGAUGGGAAAAAGAGCAGAUCACCCAGAACUACUUUGGUUGUACAACAAUGCCAAAAUCAGACUCCAAAUCAGGUAAAGAAAAAGAAAAAAAAAAACACGGAGGAACUUCAAUUCAUACAGUGCUUAGUACUAUAAAAUCCAUUUGAAUUUUCUCAUCUAUUAAGGUAAAUGAAAGAAAAGAUAAGAUGAACUCUUUCUCUUACAGAAUAAGGUAGUAGAGCUAGAACAGACGGAAGGGUUAUGGUGGAAAAGUGAGAAAAGAAUCUGAAUUGCCUCUGCUGAGUUGACAGAUAAGAUGAACCAGCGGAGAACAAAUAAAGAGAAAGAUGUUGAGAAGAAACUAUGAGGCAAAUCAGACAGUAAAUGGGAAGAAAUAGAAACAGGGAGUAAGUAUUGAAAGAGGGAAGCAGAUGAGAAAACAGCAGCUUAUCACACACUUGUGUUUGUCUGUAUCUCUUUAUGAGAGCUUUACUGUUGACUGUAACUGUGCAGGUCAAAAAAAGAAUCUCAUCUCUGAUGUUGGUUUUGCUCCAUUCAGUGAGAUUGUAACAGCUUCAUUUAUUCUGUAGGAGAGAUGCAGCGCUGCAAGUCUUCAGUGAAAUGGCUGAACUCAGACGCCUUGAUGACAUUGGGACCUUUCUUGUCUUAUUUAAAAGCAGCAGAUUUAGAUUCUUCUCCCAAAGAAGUGGUAAGAAAGGCAGCGUGGAGAGCAGUACAGAAGGCUGAAAAUGAAAACAUUUAAUUUGUCAAUUUUGUUUUAUUUUUUUUCACUUUCUCUUUUAGCUGCAGGAAUUUUUCAAAUCAGGCAAGUUGAAAGAAGCUCUUGGUCCAGUCAGGAGGAUGGUGCCCAGAUUUGCAAAGAGGUUGCUGCAGAGACUUCAAGAGUGCUGUCGCAAAGAGGAGUUUGCACCACAUAUGGAGAAGUGUGUAUCCCUGCAUGGAUGUGUAUAUCAUUGCAGGAAAACUCCAGAGUAUAACAUGGUUGGCAGAGGAACUUGCUUGUUAUAUUGUUAUUAAAAAAUGUGACUUUACAGUAAAUAAAAAAUGGUAAAUUUAAUACAUAAUACAAUCGUUAAUCAGGGUUAUGUCAAGACCUGAACUGAGAAUGUUAGAUUUAACAUGAAUCUAAUCUACAAGCUACCACUACCAACUGGUUCAGCUGCUUAAAAAAUCAAUGUUAAAUCAAUGUUACAUUAUCUUUAUCACUUAGUGCCAAGCUGUUUGUGGUUUUGGUUAGUACACAGAUAAUUAACAAGUUGAUGUAUUGUGAGCAGGUGGUUAUGCAAAACAAAACUCUUUCAGGGUGGACAGAGUCACCCACUCACUGUAGAUUAACCCUUACUUAAAAAGUCUGAGCUUAACAGGUAAAAGAGUGAGCAUGUGAUGGACACUCAUAGAGAAAAAAACAUGCUUUUGUUAUAUUUAUCUACCUCAAAUUAAGGGCAGCCAAUUUCCUGUCAUUGUUGGAGUAACUACUUGUUUAUCUCAUACCCUCCUCAGACUUGGCAUGCUGGUCUGUUAUUACAAUCCUCCUCAAAAUUUAACCCGAAACCUCAGCAAGAAACUCCUCUCUCUGCUUGAACGUUGCGACGAUGACAGCUAUCCCCGAAUCAAAAAGGUAUCAUCUCUCAUGACAACUUUCAUUCAGUUUGUAACAUCCUGACAAUGUUUUGCCGUCUUCAUUCUUUCUUUCCUGACUUUAAAGCUCAAGAAGUACCUCGCCAACUCCAUGAUAUCAAAUGUCAACAUUUCUCAAGAACUACAAGAGCUGGGCAAGAGCAUCACUUCGUUGCCUGCUACAACACUGUCCAAGAUUCCUUCUGCUGAUCUCUUGAAAGCCAUACGGAAAUAUAGGCCUGAUUACAAAUGGACUCGUGGCCAGAAGCGAGCACUGCUUAGAAAAAUAGUGGGGAGUAAGAAGGUGAGUCUGGGAACCACUGAGUUUUGUCUCUCAGUUUUCCUGAUUAUCUCAGUUUUCUCACUCUGCUCUCUCUUACAGUGUAAAGACAUAUCAAGAGAGGAGCUGGUUGGCCUCGGAUCGGUCGCAAGUUGUUUGCCAAAUUGUAUCCUCAAGCAUGUCAGAGCAAGUGAGCUUCUGAAUGACAUAGAGGGUCUGAGGAACAUCAGCAAGAGGAUGAAUAAGGGGAGGAUGAAGGCCUUGCUGCAGGGGGUGAGUAAGGAAAAUGAAGAAAAAGAGAAAGAAGCAGGAAGAGGGAUAAAAGUUCAAAAUCCCUAUUUCUUUUGUACAAACAAAUCGAAUGUUUCCCUGCAGCUAUACAAGAAUACAGGUCCCUCAGAACUUGUGAAGAAGCUGCCUGAGAAUUUGCUUCGUUGCAUGUCUCUAAAAUCCCUGCAAGAAGCAAACAUCACCUCUUGGGACCAAGUGGGGGGAAAAAAUUGGACUAGGGAACAGGUAAAUCCUGAACAGUCGCUUCUUACUCCAGUUAUGAUGCACUGGUGAUGAAAUGAUAUAGGUUAUAAAUCAGCUUUAAAGUUCUCUGAGUGAAAACUACUAUCUUUUAUUUUCUCCAGGCAACUCUCCUGAUGCAAAAAAUCUCUAAGACAAUAAAGUUUAAGUUUAGGUGAGUUCCUGUAGCUUUGGAGACACAUUUUGAAAUGUUGAUGUUUACCAGCUCAUUAUACACAUUUUCAUCUUCUACAGAGAUGUUAUUAUAUUGUAUUGAAUUAUUACUUGGCAGUUUUUAUUCAUUAUGAUCAAUAACAGAAAUCUUUAUUUAAAAAAACAGUGAACUUCAAGGUAUUUGGAUCAAAGCAGGCCUGGUGUAAACUAAGAAGUGUUUUUGUUAUUGUAUAAUCUAUCUUGUUGCUUUACAUGGUUAUAACAACACUAUCAGUAACAGAAUGAGGAAGAUCUCUACAGUUCUUCAAGGAGUAACUUGUAAGAUGAUUGAAAAGACAUCAGACAAUGAUGUUCCAGACAUGGUGCGAAGCAUAACAUCAGCUUCACGGCUGCUGUCUAAAAUGCAGGUAUGAACUGAGUGAAUGUACACAUGUUAGAUAAAAUAAAGAACGCCUGUCGAUGAUAAAUGUGCUUCUUCAGGUUAGAUGUGCUGCCCGGAGGCUUUUUGCGCGCAGGUUAAAAGGUAGACCUGACUUUUUCCAAACCAUCACUGAAGAGGAGAUGAGAGACAUUCCCAUGAAUUUUCUUCCAUAUAUGCAGUAAAAGCUGAUUUCUUUUUCUCACUUCAUCUCAAUGAGAAUUCUCCUCUGUUAAAAGUGCCAGCGCUCACUCUCUGUAUGUUAUUUAACUACCCCAGGCCUGAGGAAGUGAUGAAACUGCCUGAUUCGGUGUGCUCUGUCCUCCUCGACAAGAUGGAAGAGGCAGACCCGAGUUCAUCAUCAGCCGGUCUUCCAUCCCGUCUCGCACUAACUCAAAGAGCUCUGCGUUUCCUGACAAAGGCAUGCACAAGUAUUCUGUGUGUACUGCUUCAUAUCUAUUACCAACACACUGUGCGUCAGUCUGAGUUAUCUACUGUGUGUUUAUCAGGGGUCAAGCACAUCUUCACUAGCCAUCGAGGAUGUUGAAAGGCUUGGACCAUUUUUGUGUUACCUUCCACCACCACAACUGCAACUCAUGGACUCUGGUGUUCGCAACUACAGCCUGGAGACAAUGGCUUCCUGCAAGCACAUUCCUGAAAAGCACAAAGCAGAUCUAAUUCAACUGAUCAAAAAGAAUUAUGGGUAUGACAGGCCUCCAUUUCACACCCCAGUUAUCAGGGAGAGAGUAAGAGAUGGGUGGUUUUCUUAAUAAUUGCCUUUCCUUUGCAGGCCUGGAUCCACUUGGUCAGCUGAGACUACAGAGGCACUGUUCCCUCUCCUAGCUUCAUAUGACGAUUGCCCGGUUGAUCUGCCGUUUGAUAAGGUCUGUAACAUGUCUUAACUAGUUCCUGGUUUGAACUUUCACCUUAAAAUAAAAUGUUUAAUGCUUAAAAUGCUUAAAAUGUCCAAACACAAUGAACCCAUUUCCAGAUGCAUCCUCAAGGGGUCAGUCUCAGAUCUACUCCGUUCCACCUGCUGCCUGAUACUUGACCCCACAACAUUUAGAAGCUGUUACUCACUCUUACAAACCUGUUGAUGCUUCCAAGCUGUGUGUCAUACACUUUAAGAGUUAGUUUUGAGAAAAAAAAAAAUGCUAUUGUACUUUCAUUUUGAGGAAUUAAACACUAAACCCAUUUCAGUCGUACUUUUUAUACAUCUUAAGUUGACUUCUUUUAGUUUCUGUGGGUAUGUAUAUGUCAACAUCUCCUCUUUGUUAUAUGGGGUGCCUCAGGGGUCAAUCCUUGGUCCUGUUCUUUUCUUUUUUAUUCUCCAUUGCGCAAAAUAACCAGUAGGUUUUUGUUGUGUAUCCUUUUCUUGUUAUGUUGGUUUGGUUGUUUCUGGAACAUCACACGACUGCAGCAUCCUUGACACUCCCAUCCACUGUUUGGUCAAACUGAAUGUCACCUGAUUGAUAGGCACUUGGAAUAGCAGCCUAAGACACUAUUUUGUGAAUGAGUGAAUGUGACACGUAACAAUACUUUGAGUCAUUUUAAGAUUAGGAAAAGUGUUUCUAUUCAUAUUUUAAACAAAAAAAGUGAGAGAGCACGAAAUAAGUGGCGUUUACUUUUGUUUACUUUGUUUAUUUUUCCUCUCUCUCCAUCCCUGUCAGCCAUGGAUGAAGGAUUUGCUCUAUUACCUGAAUGAAUGCCAGUCCUGCAAGUCCAAGACCCUGAGAAAGAAGCUCUUUGACACUAUCGUCGACAACAAAUUGGAUGCAGCACGUAGAAAGAGAACAGGUUAGAAAAGGAUAUUGUGUCUUCUUAUUUUUGUCAGUGAUGCCACUCCAGAAACUCGGUGAUGCAUUUUCCUUUCGCUCCUUUUAAUCACCUGCUCUGUCCUUCUUUCCUGUCAGUCUCAGGGAGAAAUGAUGGAAGCACUACAGGUGUUAAAGUUCCUACUACAGAGUUGAUAGAAGAACUGAAAUCCAACAAUGUCUUUUGGGAAGCUGCACAGCUUAAACUGAUGUCAAGAGAAACCUUCACUGAAACUGUUGACACACUUGGAGAUGUCCCUGACUUCAGAGCAGACCAACUGUCUGUUCUCUCUCAAAAGGCUAUUGAGGUACAGUAGAGGUGGUUUUAAUCUGUUGGGGUGCAGAGGUCUACCCUGGGGCAAUGAUACAAGAUGAGGGGCUGGUAAUCUGAGUGUUAACAUCAUAGACUGUACAUACUAUGGACAACUUGUUUCCGCCUAUCGCCUGUAUACGGAUUUGAAGCCAAAUAGCUCUCGGUAUUUCUGGGAUUUUUCUUCAUUUCCUGAAAUCAGAGCUGCGCAGUAGCGAUGCGCGCAUUGGGCCGCGUAGUCGCAGAGAGUCACUGUGAUGACGCUCGGCUCAAACAGCGUAUUCCCCCGGGUGAGCUACGCGAUCCCUGAACGCCCAUAGGCUGUAUCAGAUGUCAAUCAUAGAAAACAUGAACCCCCUAAUAACUUUUAAAAACGGAGCUUCACGGAAAAAAGAGGACUUGAGCACAAACCAGUCUGACAGUAACUACAUGUCAACAUCACAAGCAGUGGGGAGAAAAAUUUAUGUUCAGUGUAAUAAAUUUCUAAAGUUUGUCCACAGCCCCAUAAGCUUUGCUGAAGGAGGCAGGAUUUAUGAACUAUACUGCAGCCCAUCAACAGAGGGUGCUGUUCUCGGAGUGGCUUCACCCAGCAAGGAGGCAGACUCUGUCCAUUUUUUAUUCAGUCUAUGGUUAACAUUUUAUGCCUCUCUGCAGGCCUUUGGCCCUCUAUCUCAGAUGACUGAAGAUGAGGUGGUGCAGCUGGGAUGUAUAACUCGUGGUUUCUCCAACAAAGACCUUCAAGCGCUCCCUUUCUCACUGGACACACUGGAGGACAUUGCCGACUGUGACUGGGAUGAUAUACAGGUGAAGUAAAAAACAAUCUCAUGUUCUUAUGAACUUCGUAUCCAUGAUCAUGGUGUCAUAGAGCCAAUUCAUCCCACUAGAUGGAGGCAGUGUGGAGGGCUGUUGCUAAAUACAACAACCAGACAGCACAGCAGCUUGGAGAGGCAGAGAUAGUUUCACUGAACCGGUUCAUCUGUGGCUUCAGCUCCAGCGAGAUCAAACAGAUCAGCGUGGACGCCUUCAAGUUUGUUCCCCCUACAUAAAUCACUUUUUUAUUAAUUUCACUACAAAAAUUGUGGUUAAAUUCACAUAUUUAUAGCAAACUAUUAUAUCACACCAACAACACGAAAAAGAUAUACUCAGUAACAUUGUGAGGAAUUCUUUGAAGCGUACUCAAACAUCUUGACUGCAUUAGAAGUUGCAGAGCGAGAUCCUGUCUUCCAGCGACGUAUCAUGUGCAUGUGUGUGUGUUCAUUACAGGGAGGCUGUAGACUCUAUCAACGAUAUUCAGUGCUCCUUCACUGGCUUUCAAAAGCUUAAAACACUUGUUAUGGCUGCGUUUGGACCUCCCAGAAGCUGGACUGAAACAAUAGUGUCUGGCUUGGGCAACCUCAUAGGUUAGAUUUGACUGUUUUCUGUUCUCACUUCAAUUUAGUCACUGUGUUGUGAAUUCGAUCAGCAGCAUUUUUGAAAUACUGACCUGAUAUUUCUGCUCCCCUCAGUCGGGUUAAAUGCCACUGAUUUGUCUGAGUUGGACCCACCAGUCCUUUCAUUUCUGAAGAUAUCCAGCAUCCCUUCAAUAACACCUAAAAACUUAAAGGUAUGUUACUUUAUCUUAUCGCAAACGCUAAGUAAGAUUAAGAUCCUACGUUAAAAGUCUAUAAAAUCAGCUUCUUCUCAGUCGUCCAACUGUGGAUAAGAUUUGAAAGCACAGCUCUUGCUCAUAAUAGAAUUAGUAAAUGAUUGUAUUACUGAAAAUAAAUUAAAACUUUUUCCACCCCUCUGGUUUUCUGUCCCACCCGUGCUCCUUCCAGGGGCUCUCUGUUAUCCAGUUGAAGGCUUUUGGUCCAGACAAUGCUGCCAUGGUGACCAAAGAACAGCUGGCUGCCUUGAACAAUGAUCAACUGUCUGCUCUUGAAAAUGCCAAAAAUGGGAUAGACAUGCGUAACACAGCACAACCUCCUGAGUCAGGUAAAAAAGAACGAACACUUCUGUGUGUUACAUUAGAGCUGCUUUACAUGUAUGAUUUUAUCACUGUUGGGUUAGGAGGGGCUCACCAUGAACUUCACAGAGGUUGAAACUAGUGAUUAUUUUCAUUAUGGAUUAAUUUGCUCAUAGGAUAACUUGCUCUGAAAAAGUCAUACAAGUGUGACAUUUUUAAGCUAAGUCCAGUUUAACCCCUACCUACAUCUACUCAUGUACAACACUAGACGAGUAAGCGUUCUUUAUGGUCCAAUGAAGAUAAAAAUACAACCGAAGAUACUUCUCAUGUCAAAUAUUCAAAGAUCUCUAACUGUCGCAGAAAAGUCUUUGUUGCAGAAAAAUAAUCAUGAGGAACUUUUUCACAUUCAGAGUUCUUGUCUCUCCCAUCCAGGGGGUCCCUCGCUGACUAUGGAGGGGAUCAUGUCCUUCAUGAAGCCCGUUCUGUUCCUACUGAUGGGAAUUCUGUUACUGUAGGAAUAGAGAGAGCCAGCGAGUCCAAAUGCAACACACACACACGCAAGCACACACGUCUGCAGUCAGACAACAUGCUGCUUCCGCUUCGCUGUUUCUUAUAGGUGGUCUGAUUUAAAUUCUAUAUAAGUAUAAGAUUGUUAACAGCAACAAAAAGACCAUAUUAUUACUAUUACUAAUAUGAGGA